ACAACUCUGAAAGGAAAGUUUCUUGUUCACAGCAGAGAGACGCCACAUUUACCUGUAUUAUUUUGUGAGUCAUCGAGAGAGAACUCGUUUAACUACAGUAUUCACUUCCGCAUUUAAAAGCUCCCGAAACUUUGGUUUACGGGACAAAAAGUAAUUAGUAACAACUCUUUGUACUUGACACUAACUUUACGCAGUAUAAGUAAUAAGAAGCCUAUAUUUCAAAACUUUUAAAACUGAAGCAGAUAGUUGUGUGAAUAUUACUAAUUCAGUGUUUCUGGCACAUUGUGCAAAACAAAAACCCUUACUGGCGUGCAAACAGAGUGUCACAACACCCCCUGUCUUCUAUGUAACAACUUUAAACAAUGGCUGGAUUAUGUGUAACUGAUUUGACAGUAAGAACUUCCUGAAGAUCGGACAGCAGCGCCUCCUCUUUCACUUUCAGCUUGGACGAUCGUUCCCAUAACGUGGCUAAACGGUCUGUACGGACAGAGAAGCAUGUGUUUGUGGUGUUUUUAUAUUCUGGGGUAUGAUCAUACCUUCAUAGUGGGCGAGCAAUGACGUGCAGGAGAUAUUUUAGUCCUUGUCUGGGUUCUGAUUGUGGCUGUUGGCUUUGAGACAAGGCUGAGUACCACAAUGACUGCUCACCAGUUGAUCCUAAAACAACGAGCAGAGCUUCUGGCGGUCCUGUGUGGUGGAGGCAGUGCCGAACCUCUGGACUGUGUUCUGGACCUGCUCCUGGCUUGCGAGGUUCUUGUCUGGGAGGAUUACCUAAGCAUACGAGUGGCAGAAAAACCUCUGUGUUCCAAUGUCAGGCAACUAUUAGACAUGGUGUAUGAUAAAGGAGAAGAUGCAUGCAGCCUUCUCUUGGCUGCGAUGAGCCAGGUCUUACCUGAGGAGCAGAAGGCUGGGCUGUGUUUUGGGAAAGAAUGUGCUGUGGUGGGCAAGGACAGACCAGACACUGCAACUUUAACGUUACUGGCUGACAGGCCAGUGUUAGUGAGAAAGCUCAGAGAUAAUAUUGACGGAGCACUGAAUGCUUUACUGACAACUGGCUGCUUCACCAUUAAAGAUUGUGAUGCAGUGCAACUACCUAUAUACACACCCUCACAACAGGUUCGGAAGCUGUUAGACCAAGUGAGGUUUAAAGGGGAAACUGCUGCAAAGACCUUACUACAAUAUCUAGAGCAAACUGAGACAACCAGACCAAACCCUGAAGAUAAAGAAAAUCACCUUUCUGCCAAUUGUCUGCUCUACCAGAAGAAGUUACGAAGCUCUGUUGCUGCCCAGUCCCAUUCCCUUAGCACCUAUGGUGGGACAGGACGUUUCUCCUUGGAUGACAUUUACACCGACGGUCUUCUUGAAGUGACGGAUGGCUCUGGUGAAACUCUCACGCUAGGGCUGGAGGAUGUGGUGGGUCCCUUGGGGACUCUUAAUGAAGAUGCUGACACCGUUCUUGUGUCUGGGGAGGCAGGAAGUGGCAAAAGCACACUGCUUCAGCGACUGCACUUGCUCUGGGCAAGAGAAGCUUUGCUCACAAAUACUUUCCUGCUGUUCCCCUUCAGUUGCCGCAAGCUGAAUGCAGAGCACAGAGAACUGUCUCUGAAAGAGCUCCUCUUCCUGCACUGCUGCUGGCCUGAUCGAGGUCAGGAUGAGGUUUUCCAGUUCAUCCUAGACCAUCCUAAUUUGGCCCUCUUUACCUUUGAUGGGCUCGAUGAGUUUAAACAGGGUUUCACAGAUGAAGAACGCCACUGCUGCCCCACAAAGCAAGUUCCAAUACCUGUUUUGCUUUUCAAUCUGUUGCAGGGUACAUUAAUGAAGGGAGUUAUGAAGGUGGCCACUAGCAGGCCACAGGCUGUGGGCCCAUCACUGAAGCGCUAUCUCCGCAAAGAAGUGCUGCUGAAGGGUUUUUCUCCUGGAGGUAUUGAUUGCUUUGUUAAGAAACAUCACAGUGACCCUGCUAUGGCUAGACGUGUCAUAGAGUCCCUCCAGGCUAACACGGUGUUGUUAAGUCUUUGCCACAUCCCAGUCUUCUGCUGGAUUGUGACCAAGUGCCACCAGGAGCUUCUAGGUGGUCAAGAUGUUAUUCCCCAGACGAUCACCGAUGUCUACCUCCUGGUCUUACAGCAUUUCUUUCAGCGAAAGUCACCUCAGUCCCAAGGAGUCCUGGGAAAGGCCUGGUUGGAGGAACAUUUGGACACAGUGUUAAAACUUGGACAGCUGGCGCUGGAAGGUCUUGAAACCUCUUGUUAUGUGUUCUCAGGAUAUGAGCUGCAAAGAAAUGGGCUGAAAGAACAGGAUGUCAGUCUGGGUUUUCUCAUUUACUGCAAUGAUCUAUCUGUUACAGACUGUAAACGCUAUGAAUUUCUGCACAUCACCUUACAAUGCUUCUUCGCUGCUCUCUAUGUCGUUCUCAAUCGUAACAGCGAUCGUUCUGCUGUCUCCAGACUCUUUCAGUCCCAGUACAGGCAGUUGUCAAGUCUGUCUCAAAGAUGUCUGGGACACUGUAUUGACAGUUCUGUAGAGGAGGUGGAAUCCCAUGUGACAGAGACACCAAACCUCCAGAUUACAGCUCAGUUUGUGUCAGGACUUUUAUCUCAGCGGCACCAUAAUCUCUUGCUGGAAUGCUGUCCUAUUGCUGUGCGGGAACGCAAGGUAAAGCAGGUAGUGAAGUCUUUGUCUAAAGGAAUGCAGAGACAUUUCAAGUCCAUUCCUCGUCCUGUAGAGGGUGAAAAGAAGAGCAUGCACGCCAUGCCAAGUUUUGUUUGGCUAAUUAAGUGUAUCUAUGAAAUGCAAGACAACAGUAUUGCUCAAGAGACCAUGGCUAAGUUGGACGUUGAGCACCUGAAGCUCACCUACUGUAACAUUGGUCCUGUGGAAUGUACUGCGCUGGCGUAUGUGCUGAAGUACCUGCGGAAUCCUGUUGGGCUCCAGUUGGACAACAAUUCAGUAGGAGAUGUGGGCGCGGAGCAGCUUCUUCCAUGUCUACAUAUUUGUCACUCCCUUUAUUUAAGGAACAAUAACAUAUCAGAUGAAGGAAUCAGGAAACUUCUAGAAAAGGGAAUGAAGUGUGAAAGCUUCCAAAAAAUAGCGCUUUUCAACAACAACCUCACAGAUGCUUGCACCCAACACUUUGCUUUGUUGUUAAAAUCAAAGCAGAACUUCCUGUCUUUGAGGCUUGGAAAUAAUAACAUCACGUCGCAGGGAGCAGAACAGCUGGCAGAAGGCCUAAGCUACAACCAGUCUUUGGAGUUUCUUGGAUUAUGGGGUAAUAAAAUUGGGGACAGUGGAGCUGAGGCAUUGGCAGCUGCACUGAAAAAUAGCACAACGCUAAUAUGGCUAAGUCUGGUGGAUAACGGUGUGGGCAGUGCAGGUGCAUGUGCUCUGGCUAAACUCAUCAGUCAGAGCAAAACUCUGGAGCAAUUGUGGUUAAACAAAAACUGUAUCAGCAGAGAGGGGGUUGAGUGUCUAAUCGAGGCACUGAAAAUGAACUCUAGUGUUAAGGAAGUCUGGCUGAGAGGAAAUAAUCUGAGCCCAGAGGAAGAGGAGGAGCUGAGCAAGCAAGAGAGCAGAUUGACCUUCUGAGAGCAAGAUGGCUCUGUAAUGCCUGCCAUCAAACUCCCAAAUCCAUAAGCUCAUCAUUUUACAUUAAAAAAAAAAAGACUGGACCUAACUGAGGCAGACACAUGCAGGAAUCCAUGCCUUAGCUAGUCAAAACUGCCUGUCUUGUAGCUGAAAUGCUUAUAUGGAGUUGAGGUAUCGCUUAAAAGCUAAAUAUCCACGGUACCAAUCAGGGCAGCAUUUCCCAAAAGCAUCAUAAGCCUAAGCUGAUCGUAGAUCUAAUGGUGGCAAUGGGUCUGCGAUGUACUUAGGCUUUAGUGCUUUUGGGAAACGCAGCCCAGAAGGUCACAUGGGGCUGGACAAUGACUGCCUGAGAUCCUGUGUUAGCAGUGCGUCUUGAAUCUGUCCUAUGUUGCUCCACUGAGAUAAAAGUACUGUAAAAGUUUUUUUGUAGAAGAAAAACAAAAUUAAUAAGUAACAUUCAAACUGUCAAGCCAUGGUACACAAACUGAACUUCUAAAAGUGGGACAGGUAGCACACAAGAUUUAUUUGGCGCUAUCCCUUGCACUCAUUCUCAGUUUAUACUAUCUAUGUACAAUUAUUAUUUAGUUUUUUUUUUUUUUGUAUUGUAUAUUCAUAAUCUAUUUAAGAUCUGUUACUUGCAUCAUUUUCUUAUGAUGGUUUUGAAUCCCUUUGCUUUAAUUUCACAUUAUAUGACUUAUAUCGAGCUGCAUAAUAGCCAUAGAUGUAUUUGUUUUCACACAUAAUCCAUUAAACAUUUGUUUACUGAUACAGGAGCUUCCAUCUAGAAUCUAUGUAAAACAUGCUGUAAAAAGAACAAAAUGAAUAAUAAAACAAUGGUUACAUUUUAA